AUGGGUACCUUUAUCGGCGGGACGGGACAAAAGGAGGACAAGCUCACUGAGCGAGAACAUGCAUCGCAGUGGAAGCCGAAGGGUGUGAAGAGGAACGGGACGCGUAUGCAGAAGAAAUUCCGCGAAGUGACAGUCAUCCCGGACAACGCGAUGUGCCCUAACAGUGGAAAUGUGCUUCUGUGCCAGAGCGCAUCGUAUGCGUGCCAGGACGACGGCGCUGGUGCGCAAAAGUGUCUACCCCGUGAUGACUCCUUCUUGGACUCGGUGGACGAGUCGACGACGAUGCCAUGGGCUAGCUGUAGCCUUUCAAAUGCCAAGUUGCCGUCCAAGUGCCUCUUUGACUUUCAGUGUAAUUGCAUGGAUUAUGCCAAUGUCAACUGCUAUUGUAGUCCAUCCGAUGCUUGGAGAACGGGACGCAAAAAGGCUGAAAAUUGUACGACCUCUAGUGGUGAAGUGGGUGUCUGUGACGUAGGCAAGUACUGUCGCACCAAGGACCACUACCAGGAGUGUGCUGUGGCACCCUACCUUCCCCGUAGCACAUCGCUCUACAGUGACUGCACGAACGACAAUGAUCAAUUGAAGAUAUUCAUACUAUACUCGUGGCUAAGACAUAAUAACUUUGUCUGCAGGAUGAGCCUGGUGAAGAGGCAUAUGUCAUUGCUCCUUCUUGUUGCCUAUACUACCUCAGUAAUAUGCAGGAUAAUUCGUACGAAAGCGAAGAAACUGCGAUGUGUACACGAGGAGCUAGACUGCGUGUAA